AUGAAAAAACUUGUCCGAUGCAUUCAUCAUCAUUAUAAAAUAAUUAGUAAUAGUGGUGGUGUUGAUGGCAUUGUUCCAAUUACAUGUAUUAGUAAUCAAUUAGUGGGAGGCUAUAGUACAAGUCAUGUGGCUCUUUUGUUGAGGAAUUUAAAUUCUCGAAUAAUUAAUGUUAGGAAUUUUAGUUCUAAUUCAAUUGUCGUUGUUGCUGCAGAGGAUUCACAAUUAUUAGUAAAUAAUAAUAAGAAUAAUAUUAUCGGAACGGAGAAGGUAUUACACGAUCAAAAUUUGACUGCUAAGAAUGAUUUGUUUAAUUUCAUUCCGAAUAUGAAAACCAAAAAGGAAAAACCAAGAGCAACCAUUUCUCGAUCUGCUGAUGAUUAUUUACUCGUAAUGCAAUCAAUACUUUCUAUAAAAAAUCAAUCGGAGGAAAAGAUUGAUAGAUCUAAACAUGCCAUUCCUUCUUCACUGAUCUUUUUAAUUGAUGGAACCAAGUAUAAAGUGAGAUGGUGGUUGAGUAUGUUAACAUCAUUUGGAGAACUGGAAAAUAGAGAGAUUAUGGAAUUAUUGUCAGAUGUAUUGUUGAAUAGAUUAUUUGUUUAUCCUGAAAAACGAAAUGAAGUAUUGGCUAAAUGGUAUGGCAUAACGAAUAUGGAACAAGCAGAAACAAUGAAUUUAGAAAAUAUCCACGAUACUGAAAUAGAUAAUGGAAAGAGUGAAAUUAUUUCACUUUCAGAUAUUGUCAAGUUUUACAAAUCAUUCCAAGUGUAUGGCUCUGAAGAGGUGGAGAAGAAUUUCGUUACAGAACUGAGAAUGGUUUGUAAAUCUCAGCUCAUUGCAAAUUAUUGUAAUCUCAAAGAUUUGGAAAUGAUUAGACAAGUUUUUCAAUCUGUUAGAGAAGAGGAAGGAGAACCUUCAAUUCAAAUCUAUAAUCAAAUGAUGUCAGCCCUUGCUAAUCUCUCCUCCAAUGCAACUGAAGAUGCCAAAUCCAUCAUCCAAGAAAUUGAAAGUCUCUACUCUGAAAUUGAAUCACCAAGUACUCAAUGUAUUCACACCAUGUUACAUACCUAUGCAAAGUUUGGCAUGUAUGUCCAAAUGGAAGAAUUGGCCAAAAAAUUAGAAGAUAAGAACUCUUAUACCUACUCCAUUCUGUUAUAUGGAUAUACUGUUGGUAAACGAUUUUCAAAAGCUUUAGAAGUGUACAGUACUAUAGCCGAGCCAAGACCAGAACAUAUUCGUUUGGUUGUUUCUCUCCUCUUAGAAGUUGGACUGGAUAUUCAAGGUGAGAGACUUAUUCAAUCCCUACCAGAAUCCGUUCACAAAUUGAGAUUGACUAAUGAAUUGAUGGAUCUCUACACUAAAUCUGGUGAUUUUGAAUCAGUCAUUAGGUUGUUCCAUUCACUGAAUGAACCAGAUUGUUACAGUCUUGGAAUUGUAAUGAAUGCAUAUGUGAGGCAGAAUAAUGUGGAAACAUCCCUCAAUUUAUUUCAAAAGUAUUGUGUAGAGGGAAAUAUUGCACCAAAUAGUAUUAUUUAUAAUUUAUUAUUGCAUGGAAUUGCACUUCAAGGAGAUUUUGAAAAACUGGAAAAAUUCUUUCAUCAAAUUCCAAAGGCACUCGUUGACUGUAAAACCAUUGUAACAAUGUUAUCAGCGUAUCAGAAGAAGAGAGAUUAUAGAAAAACUGAACAAAUUUAUAGAAACUAUGCUGCCAUUCUCAAAGAUUCAAUGUAUGCCACUACUCUCAUGAUCAAGUGCUAUGCCUCUCUGGGGAAGAUUCACAAAGCAGAACAACUUUACGAGUCAGUUAAAAAGCCAGAUCUAGUGUUGUGUAAUAUCAUGUUGGACUCGUAUGCCAAGAUUGGUGACAUGACAAAGGCAUAUAAUUUAUUUUUAGGAAUGUACAAGAGAGACAUAGUUUCCUAUAAUACUAUUUUGAAAGGAUAUUCUGUAAAAGGAGCUCUGCAUAAUGCAGAAGUAAUUUUCAAUAGAAUUGAUGAUCCUGAUUCUCAAUCCUAUCUCAUCAUGUUAAACACUUAUGCUGAACAUGGUAGCACAGAGAAUGUAGAAACCUUUUUCAAAACGAUACCAAAGAAAUUCAAGAAUUCAUACAUUUAUACAUGUAUGAUGAAAAUUUAUUCCAAGCUUAAUAAGGUGGAAAGAGUGAAAUUUUAUUAUGGACUUGUUGGAGCCAAUAAUUUCCAUGCUGAUCACUUAAUGUUGAAUACAUUUUUAAAGAAUGAGGAUUUUGAAUCAAUGAGACAAUUAGAAAGUAAGAUGAGAGAAAAAUACACCAAGUAUGAUGUUCAUUCUAGGGCAAUUUUUGAUUUAUACAAACAAGUACCAGGUUUUAAAUUUAAACAAUAA